GGAUUGGCAAUUUAGUCAAUUCAAAAUCAUAAUUUAUAAAAAGUAUAUUGUCAUUAAUUGUCACGUUUCACGAGUUUUCGUAAUUUACAAUUUAUUCCUUUUUAUUUCCUGAAAACUUUAACAAAUAAUGUACUACGUUGAUUCCCAACGAACCGUCACACGGCGCGACAGUUCCCUGAUUGUGUCGCGAAGGUAUACCCCAGAUGACUAUGAGACUCUAUCUACAGCUCGUGGUCCUUCUACCAUUCCGUUGACGAGCGAAUCAGGAGCAUCCCUUACCACACGCCCCAAAGGGUCAACCCAAAAGGAGCUGGUCACCAUGCUAUUCGAGUCAAUGCUGGAUAGCAUUGUCAGCUCUUGGGAGGUAAUAGUGCAACAAAAACCGGAGGAGAGCUCGCCUAACAUGGAAUUCGGGAAAACUCCUAGUGAACUUACGUUCACCAGUAAAAAGAAGAAAAGUAACGUCAAGCCACCUCCAUCUAAAUCCAAAAGAUCGAAAUUGGAGCUAUCAGACAUUGCACAGGAGCAAACAGAUCCACUGCAGCACACCUGGUGGUCGUCCCCGGAUGAGCGCGCCAUCAUUAGGUUCCGCAACGGCAAUGUCUACGAAGGCAGCAUCUCCAUGAAGUGUAUGCACGGUGAAGGUCGUUUUCAGUGGGCUGAUGGGACUGUGUAUUUGGGUCAAUUCCAAGGCAACCAAAUGAAUGGUAAAGGGAUAAUACAAUGGAAGGACGACACUUGGUACGAAGGGGAUUUCGUCGGGAACCUGCGCCACGGCCGAGGUCUGUACGUGGACUCCAGAAAGCAACGGUCGUACGCAGGCGGGUGGUAUUGCGGCACCAAGCACGGCCAAGGAGUGAUUUAUUAUUCGAAGACUUUCAAAAAUUCUUAUGACGGUGAAUGGGUCCAUAAUGUCCGUCAUGGAUUCGGCUCCCGUGAAUAUUGUCCGCUGAGUGGUUAUAAAGGCGAAUGGGACAAAUACGUCAGAGAGGGCAAAGGCCUAAUGAUAUGGCCUAAUCACGAUUUUUAUAGAGGCGAGUGGAAAAAUGGAGUAAUGUCUGGAUAUGGAAUAUAUAUUUGGGAUGCCUAUUACAAUAACGCCUUAUCGCUGCCAUCUAUCAGUGCCUAUCGAGGCCAUUGGACUAAGGGCCAAAGAAAUGGAUACGGUGUUCUAAAUUUGGGACUAGGGUUGGGUUCUUAUUACAAAGGUGAAUAUAAGAAUGACAAAAAACACGGUGUUGGGAAAUUUGUAACCAAUAAUGGUUUGAUACUUCAAGACAAGAAUUUAUUCAUCGAUGAUAAUAUCGGACCACUCAGUCCAGAUGAACAAGAGAGUGGAUGUCCUUCUCUAGAAUACAAACGGAUGGUGUUAGAAGAACCUUACAAAUUCGAUAUUUGUGACAGUACUGUAGGUCUCCUGUAUCACGUGCAGGAUGCCAUACGAAAUAUUGAUAAACAAUUGGAAACAAGGGCAAAUAUCAUUAACGAAUAUAUUGAAAAUAACAAAACCAUUGAAGCAGAUGUUUCCAUGGCUGCGCGUAAGGAAGACCGCCCAGAGGAAGUUGCAAUUAACAUGGAGGACUUGAUUGAUUUUGAAGAAAGUUCCCUACGCAAAUCGUUGAGAUGUUACGAGACUGACUUGAAAAAUAUUUACUUCAAAUACGCAACCAUUUGUAACAGCGAAGAAGUGCAUUUUACACCAGUACUAACAAGGUUGUAUUUAUGGCAAUUCUAUUAUGAUUGUAAUAUUCACGAUAAAGGUUUGACAUUAGUCGAUAUCGAUAAGAUGUUUCAUCGCAACCCGCAAUGGUUGUCGAGGUCACCCCACAACCCUUUUGAAAAGAUAUAUUUCUGGCAGUUUAUCCACAGCUUGAUAUCUGUCGCUAGUAAGCUGUACGCAAAGAGAGAGCUCCCAGGGCCAAAACCAGAUACUAUCCUCGCAAGUGCAUUUAGAACUUUUAUGGGAAAGGAUGUUCUGCCCAACGUCGGUCGUCGUAAAGGUCGAUUAGUUGACGGUUAUGGACAAUUUAUACCUCUGAAAGGCCUAUACGACUUAUAUCGCCGACUGAAUGAACCUCAUACCGUGAGAGACUUCCUAUGCGCUAUCCGCCGAGCCCCGCACUACAUGGACCACCCGCAACCACCACUCAUAGAGGCACCCGACCACUGCUUGCCUCUUGGUCGUAACGUUUACAUAUUCGGCGACGAGAUGACAUUUGUUUCUGAUGAAGUUUUGCGUCCCGAAUGUGAAUCAAACAGUUUCGAAGAGUUCGAAGAUCUGAAGCUAUUCAACUUCGGCAACUUAUCUAGCAAAGCUGUCAUAAAGAUAUUUGCGAAUAUCUUCCCUCAGCUGUGCGAAAGAAACAAAAUAAUGGACUUGGAUGUAGGGAUAACAUUCUUUGAAUUUUUCGAAGCUUUCAUAGCAUGUGCCGAGGAGAGCAUCCGCGUGAAGGAUGAAGAAAUGCGUUGGCGGGAAAAGUUCUCAACUGCCGGGAAUAUGCCGGAUUCGCCAGUCCAUGGCAUACAUACGCCUAUUAAAAAAUAGGAAUGUUUAAAUUUUUAAUUUUAUUGAAUACUAAAUUAAAUGGCAGAACCUUAA